AUGCGUGGUGGGGCUGGCCUCGCUCGGGGGGCUCAGCACUCCGGGGGGCCGGCCAGGGGGGCGGCGGCAGGGGCGAGGGGGGCCCGGGGCUCCCGGCCCAUCCCUCCUCCUCCUCCUCCUCCCGCUCUCGCUCCGGCUCCCGCUCCCGCUCCGGCUCCCGCUCCCGCUCCGGCUCCCGCUCCCGCUCCUGCUCCUCCUCUUCCUCCCCCCGGCAGAUCGCUGGCCCCGGCCGGCUGGCCGGCUGGCCGGCCACGAGGGGGGCGCCUGCCCCGGCUGCCCCGGCUGCCCCGGCUGCCCCUGCUGCCCCUGCUGCUGCUGCUGCUGCUGCGGUGGUGGCGGCGGCGGCGGCGGCGCCCCGGGGGCUCCUCCCCAGACGUGCCUGCAAAGCGGCUAGUCCCUGGAGCCUGCCCGGGCCCGGGCCACUCUCAGCCAGCCUCCCUUCCCACUGCUGCCGCCGCCGCCGCCGCCUCCUCCUCCCCGGGGCACCGAGUCACGCAUGGCAUGGCUCUUCUUACCCCCUCCCCCGGCCGGCCCCCACUCGCCCCUCCCCCCGCCCGCCCGCGCCGGCCCCCGCCCGGCCCGGCCCGGCCCUCGGGGCCUCGGCCCCUCUGCCCGGGACCCGCGCCCUGAUCACCCCGCGCCCCCCAGCCCGCCUUCCCCUUUUGUUUUGAUCCCACAAGCAGCACCCCCAGCCUGACGUCUCUGUUUACCACUCGCCCGAAGGGCCCUUCGCGCAUGCUCUCUCCGGGACUCCUCCCGG